GUCGCGGCGGCCAUUUUGUUCCGCCCGGAGUGCCCCUAAGAUGGCGGCGAGGGAGACGGUGAAAGGUUGUCACCGGCUCCUCCGGGGCGUAACUCCCGGCUCCUUGUCCCCCCGCAGCCAGCCCAUGGCCUGACGGCGGCCCAGACCAUGGACCUCCACACCGCCGUGUACAAUGCCGCCCACGACGGCAAGCUGCAGCUGCUCCAGAAGCUGCUCAGCGGCCGCAGCCGGGAGGAGCUGGACGAGCUGAUGGGCGAGGUGGCGACCGGGGGGACGCCGCUGCUCAUCGCCGCCCGCUACGGCCACCUGGACGUGGUGGAGUACCUGGUGGACCGCUGCGGCGCGAGCGUGGAGGCCGGCGGCUCGGUGCACUUCGACGGCGAGACCAUCGAGGGCGCGCCGCCGCUGUGGGCCGCCUCGGCCGCCGGGCACCUGGACGUGGUGCGCAGCCUGCUGCAGCGCGGGGCCUCGGUGAACCGCACCACGCGCACCAACUCCACGCCCCUGCGCGCCGCCUGCUUCGACGGCCACCUGGAGGUGGUGCGCUACCUGGUGGGCGAGCACCAGGCCGACCUGGAGGUGGCCAACCGCCACGGACACACGUGCCUCAUGAUCUCGUGCUACAAGGGCCACCGCGAGAUCGCGCGCUACCUGCUGGAGCAGGGCGCCCAGGUGAACCGGCGCAGCGCCAAGGGCAACACGGCCCUGCACGACUGCGCCGAGUCCGGCAGCCUGGAGAUCCUGCAGCUGCUGCUGGGCUGCAACGCCCGCAUGGAGCGCGACGGCUACGGCAUGACCCCGCUGCUGGCGGCCAGCGUGACCGGCCAUACCAACAUCGUGGAGUACCUCAUCCAGGAGCAGCCGGCCGAGGAGCAGGCCCGCCUGCCAGGCGCCCCGGCGGCAGCGGCGGAGGAGCAGGUGCCCAGCGAAUCCUACGAAAGCUGCUGCCCCGCCAGCAGGGAGGCCGCCGUGGAGGCCUUGGAGCUGCUGGGCGCCACCUACGUGGACAAGAAGCGCGACCUGCUGGGGGCCCUGAAGCACUGGCGCCGGGCCAUGGAGCUGCGGCACCAGGGCGGCGAGUACCUGCCCAAGCCCGAGCCCCCGCAGCUGGUCCUGGCCUACGACUACUCCCGGGAGGUGAACACGGCGCAGGAGCUGGAGGCGCUGAUCACAGACCCCGAUGAGAUGCGCAUGCAGGCUCUGCUCAUCCGGGAGCGCAUCCUGGGCCCCUCGCACCCCGACACGUCCUAUUACAUCCGAUACCGGGGCGCCGUCUACGCCGACUCCGGCAACUUCGAGCGCUGCAUCCGCCUGUGGAAAUACGCGCUGGACAUGCAGCAGACCAACCUGGAGCCGCUCAGCCCCAUGACCGCCAGCAGCUUCCUGUCCUUUGCCGAACUCUUCUCCUACGUGCUGCAGGACCGGGCCGCCAAGGGCAGCCAGGGCACCCAGAUCGGCUUCACAGAUCUCAUGGGGGUGCUCACCAAAGGGGUGCGGGAGGUCGAGCGGGCCCUGCAGACGCCCAGGGAGCCCGGGGACUCGGCCCAGUUCACCAAGGCGCUGGCCAUCAUCCUGCACCUGCUCUACCUGCUGGGGAAGGUGGCCUGCACCCCCAGCCAGGAGCACCUCAAACACCAGACCGUCUACCGCCUGCUCAAGUGCGCGCCACGCGGCCGCAACGGCUUCACGCCCCUGCACAUGGCGGUGGACAAGGAGACCACCAACGUGGGCCGCUACCGCGUGGGCACCUUCCCCUCGCUGCACGUGGUCAAGGUGCUGCUGGACUGCGGCGCCGACCCGGACAGCAGGGACUUCGACAACAACACGCCGCUGCACAUCGCGGCCCAGAACAACUGCCCGGCCAUCAUGAGCGCCCUCAUCGAGGCCGGCGCCCACAUGGACGCCACCAACGCCUUCAAGAAGACGGCGUGCGAGCUGCUGGACGAGAAGUUGCUGGCCAGGAGCGCCGUGCAGCCUUUCAACUACGUCACCCUGCAGUGCCUGGCCGCCCGAGCCCUGGACCGGAACAAGAUCCCCUACAAAGGCUUCAUCCCAGAGGAGCUGGAGGCUUUCAUCGAGUUGCACUGACCUCCUCGCCCUGCCCAGCGCGGGCACGGGGCUGGCGGGCCGUGGACGCCCGUCCUCGCCUUCUCAAAGUGAGCUGGAGGUGGGAGAGCAGCUCCCGGGUCCCCCGGCUCCUCCAGAUGUGCAGAGUGACAGAGCCAUCACUGCCGCCCGAGCGCUUCAAGGUCCUGCGUUGAGAGGUGUCACUCAGGGAGCCCGCCCAGCCACCCAUCCUGCACCUGGAGAAGAUGCAGGAGCCCCCCACGCUGUCACCUGGGGUCCUGGGAGGGGCUAGAGAGCCGCCUGAGUCCUGUGCCCGGCACCCAGCGUGCUCCCAGCGCCAGGGCUCGGGGCGAUGGGAAGUCAGGAACACGCCACGCCAGAGCCUCCAACACGGCCCACCGGACCGCUGUCCCCGGUUUCAUGUUUACUUGGCCAGCAGGCUGCUUGCUGGCUGCGCACACAGCCCCGAGAGGCGGCGGCCUGAGCCAUAUUUAUUUAUGUUUCUUAGCAAUCUGUGGUCAGGCUCCAAGUUCAUUCAAGCUCUGAGGCUUUGGUGGCGGCCCAGGUCGCCCGUGGGAGCAGGGACUUGGUGAGCAAAGUCAAAGGUCGCAGUCCCAGCUUGGGUGACAAGGACUCAGAUGCCUGCAUCUGUCCCUGCUCCAGCUUUGCACUCACAAGACAGCUGUUUUUCUCACCGAGGAUGAGGUCACAGUCUCCGAGUGACAACGACAGGCCCCCCGCCAGGGGCGCCCAGACAAGUCACCUCGGCGCCCGGACAGGCGGCCUUGCUGGUCCCUCGCCGAUCCAGGCCCACAGAGCCCAGGGCAGGGGCAGGCACGAGCGGAGGCCAUGCUGCGGGGCCGCCUGUGCUGUCCCUCUGGGUAAGCGGGUGCCGGAGCCUCUGGCCCUGUGCCAUCUCUCCCACAAGCCAGCGGCGCCUGCUCCCCAAAUAGCCACCAGGGCCUCGGGAGCUGCCGAGGGUCCCCGACGCACUGGCCUGGGGUGGAAAGUAGGUGUGGAUUUGCAGUGUUCGCUAGGAAGUGAUUUCUGCCGAGCCAGGCUUUGCCACCUCUCCUGGCCCCUCCGAGCACAGCGGGGGAGCCGAGAGCGCUAUGUUUGUGGCAUUAAAAGAAAGUAUUGGAA